AUCGAAAUGUCUCCAGGCAGAUGUUCAACUCAUCGCCUUGACAUCAUACGACAACAUGAAGCUCCUCCUGUUCACGUUUGUGGUCUGCUUCGCGGCAACUCUAGCAGCGCCAGCCGAUAAGCAAAAGAGGGACAUUCUACCGGGCGAUCCACGCUACGGAACUGAGCACGAUCAUCAUCACGAGCACGAAAAUGAGGUACAAUCUCAGCAAAUCUACGGACCGCCUAGUCACACACCCGGUAAGCCUUUGGGAGCUGACUUCUUCACGACUAGUGAUGCUGACAAAACUCCCUCCAUCCUCGUGCCAUCCACCUCCUAUGGAAUACCCGCUACCACUCAGAUUCUCACCAACUUCUUUGAAUCCGUUGAUGACAAAAACUCUGCCGCUAUAAAAACGACCGUCCAGGAACAUCCGAAAUUCGAUACCGUGCAUGUGCAGAAACAGCCAGCAGUUGUUCACAAGCAUGUGGAAACCGCUCCGCAAACCGUCUCCCUUCCGCAAGUGAAGGUGUCGACUUCUCAUUUGCCUACUGAGACCCAAGGUGUGUCCUCCUUAAUUUCUUCUUUCAACACCUUCCCCAGCUACGCCUCGUAUUCCUCGUACAACAACAUACCCCUGAAAACCGUGGAUCACCAUCUGCAAGUGCAAGUACCUCACCCGUAUCAAGUACCGGUGACCAAGCAUGUCGCUGUUCCCGUUCCAGUUCCGCAUACCGUCGAAGUUCCUAAACCCUACUACGUCCGCGUGCCCCAGCCUGUUCAGGUCACCGUGGAUCGUCCGUACCCCGUAGAAGUGCCUCGUCCAGUGCCAUACCCCGUUCAUCAUUACGUAAAAACCAGCGUUCCAGUUGCUCAGUCAAUUAUUCAUCCAAUUGGUCAUCACGUGACGGUGGAUACCAAGGCUAAUCCAGUGCAGACCUUCUUCGACAAUUCUCAAUUGACGUUCCAAAACGUGUUGGGAAACCUACCGACUUUCUCAAGUCCUCUGGAGAGCUUCCAGAAUCCGUUCGAAAACUUCGAGUUGCCCUCUCUGCCUUUCAUACCAUCCUCCAUAUCCUCUAUAUCCACAAUACCAUUCCUACCGCAGCAACCUCAAUCCUCCCAAGUUAACGUGUUACCCUCUUCGACCAGCAGCGACUCAGUUACGGUUGAUAAUCCAGUGCUGAAGACUGAACCUAUUAAAGUCAAGCCCAUCGUCGUGCAACCGAGCAAACAAGCGUAUAAGCCCUCCACCGCGUGUGCUGGAUGUAUUGUUUCUUCUGCCACAAACAACAAGCAGGAAUAUGUGCAACCCACCGAUUCCAACGGUGGUUACAUAUACUAGAAUGUUUAUUUUGUAAUGAACGUUGAAUAAGCUACUGGAAUUUCUUAAUAGAAAUACAUAUUACACGGAAGGAUUAUUCAACAAUGA